AUAGGACAACAGAAAAUAUAUUAUCCUCCGAUUUUUUGUACAGUUUACAAGUUCUCUCUUCUACGUGUUUGUCUCUUCGUUCUUGCUUCACCAGCGUCUGAUCUUGGUUUCCAUGGCACUGUCUCUAGCUGCGCAUACCCACAACUUAGUGCUUCUUUCCACGACCAAAACCAUAGCCAUUGGCCAUGGAAGAACCAAAUCAAGGAGAGCAGAUUCAAUGGUUGUUAAGAUGGCUGUGACAUAUGAAGAGGGACAGCUAAAAAGGCCCAAAUGGGGAGGAGAAACUCCUCUCUCUCGUCUUGUUGGAGCUCUCAUUUCCUUUAAGCCAUUAUCCGCACUUCUCAAGCUUGGUGCCAGACAAGUUCUUAUCAGCACAGCUGAGAAGAACAACAUUCCAUGGAGGGAAAUGAGGCGAGAGAUUCUGGAAUCAGAUGUGUAUAAGGAGUUUGAGAGAAUUCAAAACCCCUCAAUCAUAUACCCUGAUUAUUAUCUCAGUCCUUUCCAUGCAUAUGAUGAGGGAAAUCUUUCAUGGCUAGCUGCUGCAGAAGCUGAACCUGCAACCAUGUCAAUUGCAAGACGAGCAAUGCCUGAUGCUUCCUCAGCAGAAGAAGCAGAUCAAGUAAUGCGUGGAAAUUGGCUUCAAGCAAUUCAACAACAUCAUCUGCAGCAUUCUGGAAAUUCCAUGAUAAGUGACAUUCUAGAUAUUGGAUGCUCUGUAGGUGUCACGACAAGAUUUCUUGCUGACAACUUUCCUUUAGCAAACGUCACUGGGCUUGAUCUGUCUCCUUACUUUCUAUCUGUAGCGCAAUUCAAGGAAAAGAAGAGAGCCCCAAGAAAGAAUGCAAUUAAAUGGAUACAUGCUAAUGGGGAAGACACAGGCUUGCCCUCCAAAUCUUAUGACCUUGUUUCUAUUGCAUAUGUGUUUCAUGAAUGCCCUGAAAGAGCAAUAGUUAAUAUAGUGAAGGAAGCAUUUCGGCUACUUCGACCUGGAGGCACGCUAGCUUUGACAGAUCAGGCGCCCGAGUCGAAGGUCAUUCAGGUCAUGGAGAAACAAGAGAAGGCGCCAAAUGAUCAAGUGACAGAAGAAGCUGAAGCGAUUGAGCUUAUUCUCUUUCAAGUCUCUGAAUGCUACGUUUACUUGAUACCCCCAAGGAAAAGUGCUGCUUCUUACAGGGCUGAUGAAUGGGAUGUUAACAAAUGGGCAUGGGAGGGGACACUGAAAGUCAUUAGCAAAGGAGAAGAGUGCAUUAUCAGACUUGAAGACAAAACCACAGGUGAAUUGUAUGCAAGGGCAUUUUUAAGAAAUGGGGAACCACAUCCUGUGGAACCCGUAAUUGACAGCAGCAGAUAUUUUGUGCUGCGAAUAGAAGAAAACAUUGGUGGCCGCCUUCGGCAUGCAUUUAUUGGUAUAGGAUUUCGAGAAAGGACAGAAGCCUAUGACUUUCAAGCAGCCCUGCAUGAUCAUAUGAAAUAUCUGAACAAGAAGAAAACUGCAGAAGAGAUGGAACAACAUUUUCAGAAAACUUCCUCAGUUGAUUACAGUUUAAAGGAAGGAGAGACCCUUGUCCUCCAAAUAAAAAAUAAAGGUGGUUGCAGUACCAAGUCAAAGAUUUUGGAGCAGGGUCCAAAUAAUCUGUCAUUAGAGGAGAAGGGUGACCGGAAAGAGCCUGUCCUCACUAUCAGACCACCCCCAGGACCACUUUCACCUGUUGCUUCUGUACAAAAUUCACCGAACUUGCCACCAAAAUUGUCACUUGGUGAAACUUCUACAGAUGAGUUUCCUAACCCCAGAAAGGAAGAUCCAAUAGAGCAAAAUUCUACCAUGAAUGAGAGCGCCCCGGACAUCCCAGAUGAUGAUUUUGGGGACUUUCAAGCAGCUGGUUGACACAGAGACUGAUAUGAUCAUGUAAAAUAUCUGUUGCAUAUUACACACUUUGGAAUUUCCUUGGAUAAAUGAAAUAUGCUGCUAAGAGUGGUUUACAUUUUUUUUCCUCAA